AUAUUUACUGGUUUUCAGGUGGUGCGCCAUGGACUUCCGGAUGAUGCACGAUGUCUCGCUUAUGAUCCAGUACAGCGGUUAUUAGCAAUAGGAACUGGACAUGGAAUCGUUAGAGUUAUAGGUGACGUAGGAGUAGAUUUUGUGUUUAAACACGAAACGGAUCACGCCGUCAAUCAUAUUCAGUUCCUUAUUAACGAGGGAGGUCUGAUCACAGCUUGCGCGAAUGAUAUCGUACAUUUAUGGAAUUACCGCCAAAAAGUCCCAGAAAUUGUACGAAGUGUGCAGCUGAACAAGGAAUCCGUGUCAUGUAUUCAUCUUCCUAUGGGUAGUAAAUGGUUGUACGUAGGCACGGACAAGGGUAACGUAUAUUUCGUUUCUAUUGCAACAUUUCAAUUGAGUCCGUAUAUUAUUAAUUGGAAUAAGGCUAUCGAUCUAAGUUGCCGAGUACAUCCUGGGUCGGUUAGACAAAUAGGUGUUUCUCCGAACGAGCCUGCUAAGAUUCUUAUUGCAUUUGACAAGGGCGUGAUGGUGCAGUGGAAUCUUGCCACGAAAGAAGUUGAUCGAUUCCCACUUGAUCCGCCUAUAAAGUGUUUCAGGCAGGCGUUUUCUUGGCACUAUGAGGGAAAGUUAAUUAUGACCGGAAAUGUGGAUGGUUCCAUCUCUGUAUAUAAUAUGAAAAAGACUAGUGAACCACAGCAAAAAACUUCCCCGCACGGGCAGGGCCCUUGUCGACCCAUCAACGCAAUCGACUGGAAGCUUACCAAUGACGGAGAUCAGUUCAUCAUCUUCUCUGGUGGCAUGCCGACUGAAGAUGGUUUGCCUGUCCCUGCGCUCACGUUUCUUCGUGCCUCCAAAUCCGCUACUGUUCUUGAGAUGGAGCAUCCAAUAUUAUCGUUCGUUACUAUACCAAAUGUUCCUUUUCCAUCAUGUCCUCAACAACCUCAAGCGUUAGCAGUUUUGUUGAAAGGAGAGUUGAUGAUGCUCGAUCUGCUCACACCUGGGUACCCCUGCAUUGAAUCGCCUCACGCAAUGGAUUUGCAUGAGGUUCCGAUAACCUGUGUCGCAUACUAUUCCGAUUGCGCCAGUGACCUCAUCGGAGCCUUGACUUUGGUCGGUUGUAAACAGAGAAGGAAAGGCUUCAGUGAACGGGCUUGGCCAGCGAGUGGAGGAAUUGCAAGGGAAUGUGCUACGGGUCACCAAGAACUUAUUCUCACUGGGCACAAGGACGGUUCGGUACGUUUUUGGCAAGCGUCUGGAGAAAACCUUCAAUUUCUAUAUCGUCUCAAAACAACAUCACAUUUCGAACGACUGGAGGAGUGGGAAGGCUGCGAAAAGGUUUCGCAUGCUGUUAAGUCGAUCGAGCUUUGCGUUGAGUCCCGGUUGCUUCUUGUGUGUGGCGUCUCGGGACAAGUUACCUUAUUCCGUUUCACAAAAACGGAAAGUAUGAAUACUAUAGCGGUCGUGCAAAUACCUCAACCAAGUACAUCCUCGUGUAGCGCUGGCGACGAGCGCUCACCUCCUCUUCCACCUCCAAAAGAAAUAAGAAGGCAAAAGAAGGUAGUGAGCCGUGAUUCAACUAACAGCCCGGAUACCAGCGACGCAUCGGGAGAUGAGUGUAUUUUCCCAUUCAAAGUUCGCGGAGCCCCAGUGAAACGAUCCGCGGGGUACCAGCCAGAACUCGCAUGCCUGGUUCCAUGGCCAAGUACUUCACAAGCUGACACCGUAACAACUACAGCGCUCAAUUCUGCAUUCGGUGUAAUAGCUUUAGGGCGCUUUUGGUUUUUGAAGUGCCAUCAAAAGCAACUUACGCUUCACUUGUAUAUGUCAGGUUUAUCGAACGGCCUGGCUCUGGUCGAUAUUGCGCAAUGUGCAUUGAUAUACGCAUGGAGUACGUCGGAGCUGUAUGGAUCCGAUCCCACGCCAGCUAUUCAGUUGCAGGUCGCAGACGUUUCCUCCCCGAGUCCUGUUGAGCUCGAGCAGCCUACAGAGAACGAGGAAGUGGUCCAGUCAUCAGAUGCGUCCGUGCACCGAAAAUCUUUGUCACCAAGGUCUGCUGGUGGCAAAGCUGUGUCUGUGCUCCGACGUAAUACUGCUGAGUUCGCUAGUUCAAUUCGUGAGCGUUACCGAGACAAGUCACUGGAGCAUCCAGAUCGACCAUCAAUAACCGGAGAGAUUACGACUGAAGAAAUCACAUCCUUUCGGCAAGGACGCUGCCAUUCUGAAAAGACGUCUAUAGGCAUCAUGCGUCGUCUUACGAAGAAAGGCACGGCAGUUGCACGAAGCUUUUCAUUUCACUCCCAUGUACACGAAGGCGACUCUACUCGAGAUUCACCUACCCUCAAUAGGAGCCGUGAUGUAAUAGGACCGUCACCAUCGACUUCAAAUCAUAGUUUGGAUAAACUUACUGUGAACGGAGGGGAAUCUGUUUCUUCGAUCACAUUUAUCCAUUCGUUUUCACGUCGAAAUGAUAAUCGAACUGCCCCGUGCCUGUGGGUUGGCACGAGCGCAGGCACUUCAAUUGCAUUGAACCUGAUCCUUCCUCAAGAUCGUCUGGUUUCUACGGUCGUCGUGGCACCUUCAGGUACAAUAGUGAAACUAAGAGGGCAAGUGCUUUAUCAGACGUUUAUGGAUCAAUCGUUUUGCCUCCUGGCUGGCGCCACGGAAUCAUAUCGGGAGACUAGUAAGGAAAGCAGGGAUUCAGGAAGCCCUGAGAAGAAUAUUACUAACCGAAUGGUGGUGCUGUCGUUACCUUCGUUACGGAUCCUUCAUCAGUCACCGCUUCUGCCUCAUUCGGUGGAAAUCGAAGACGCGAUAUGUCAAAAGAUGUCGUUUUCCGAGCACGGCCUUGGCAUUUAUAUGGCCAGUCCAUCGGAGGUCGAAAAGUAUACGAUAUGUGCAGAACUUGCUGAACAAGCGGCCGAAUCCCUUGGCGAUCUCUACGUUGCAUGUGAUCUUCCAGAACCACCGCGUAACAACAGCUUCCUUAAGGUAAUUGCAUCCCUUUCAUUUUUUCUGUAG